AUGUGUUUACCAUCAGGAAAACCUCCUACACCUAUGCUCUAUUCUCAACAAAUCCCCUUGAAAAAUCUCUACUCUCAGUUUUCUGCUGGAUUAUUAGAUACUCACGGCGCCACAAUUCCAUCAUUGGACUCAUGUCCUUUGCUUCUUCAGACCGCCAGCCUUCCUUCUUUGUCGCACAUUGGGCUUCCGCACUCUUUGGAAUCAGCCGUGUUGCACUCAGCUUCGGAGCCGCCAAUGGAGAUGCGAAUUGAUACGAGUAAGCACUUCCAUGUGUUUGUGGGAGAUUUGAGCAAAGAUGUGAGCAAUGAACUUCUCAAGUCUACAUUUCAGAAGUAUGGAGAAGUCAGUGAAGCAAAAGUGAUUCGAGAUGCUCAGACUCAGAAAUCGAAGGGAUACGGAUUUGUAUCAUUCCCCAAUAAACAAAAUGCCGAGAACGCAAUCGCCGGCAUGAAUGGAAAAUGGAUAGGUAAACGGGCGGUGCGGACCAACUGGGCAGCACGAAAAAACAGCGAGGAGAACCGAGACAAAUUGACUUUUGAACAGGUGUUUAACUCGACAAAGGCGGACAACACAUCAGUUUAUGUCGGGAACAUCAGCCAACAGACAACAGAGACCGAUCUUCGUGAAUCGUUCUCAACAUAUGGUGAUAUUGCGGAAGUUCGUGUUUUCAAAACACAGAGAUAUGCAUUUGUACGUUAUGACAAGAAGGAGUGUGCCACGAAAGCAAUCAUGGAAAUGAAUGGAAAAGAGUUGACUGGGAAUCAGGUCAGAUGCUCUUGGGGACGUACUCAGGCAGUGCCUAGUCAAGCGUUAAAUCCGCUCCCGAUUGAUUUGUCAUCACUGAUGAUGCCGACAAUGAUGCCAACAACGAUUCCAAUGAUGCAGAAUCCAUUCUUGAAUUACGAGCCAACAACUCUUCUGUACAGUUCUUUUCCACAAUGGUGA